GAUUCCAGAUGCAAUAGUUUUACUUGGAAGAUACCAGUUUUGUGAGUAGAAUGCAACAGGGUGGAGUUUUAGCUCCUCCCUAAAAUAGCCUCCUCUGAGGUGUCCACCUCAAAAAUGAAGGGCCUGGGAUGGAUCAGUGUGCUUAAAACUGGGGCACUAGUGAAUGCCACUUUGAACUUUGAUAUGGCCCGCUCAGUUACUGGGUUCCAGGCCAGAUUCUUUGGGCUACAUAUUAGCAGUGAUGUAAGAGACCUUCCUGAUCCAUUCUGAUACCCUAUUUCAAAUUGGAGUUUCAUCAACCUGAGGCUGCUCGCUGCUGCUGAAGAUGGCCCUAUGUGGACAGCCUGAUGAUAUAUGGGAUUGCAGUGGAAAGUGCCACUUGUAGACCAUGAAAAAGUCUGUGAGGAUUCAUUUGAGCUGCACUCAGUGGACUUGGAGCUGGAGGCCGUGGAGAAGCAGAUCCGUGGCAUAUAGGCCCAGCGCAACAAGGACGCGGCCCGCCCAGGUUUCGUUCACACUGGUGCCAGGGUACCACGGAACCUGGAUGCAGCAGCAACGGAAGACACAAGCCAAGCCCUGGGCGAGGACCUCUCCCCCUCUGCCGCCACCUGUUUUCGAGAUCUCAAACCACAACCACUUCGCUCCCCUUCGCGAGAUGGAGUGUGACGCGGUGAUCAAUGGAAACUCCAUCGUCCGGCACGUCCAUGCUACUGCAGCUGAAGGUAAGGUGCACACUUGCUGUUUUCCUGGUGCUCGUUUUGUUGAUGUCGCUGCACAGGUACCUGUGAUCCUGAACAAGAACAUUGGAGCUGUGGUCCUCCAUGCUGGCACAAACGACAUCAGGCUGAGACACAUGGAGAUCCUGAAGAAGGACUUCAGGAGCCUGGUGGAGAAGGUUCACACCACAUCGCCCACAACAAGGAUCAUCGUGUCAGGACCACUUCCCACAUUACAGCGAGGAAUCCAGGGGUUCAGAAUGUCCUAGGCUCUACCAUUCUGAUGGCCUGCACCCAAGCAGAGUUGGAGCAGCAGUCCUAUCGGACAACAUCUCCAGGACACUGCGCACCAUCUGACUGGUAAGUAAUACCUUAGAUUACAAUUAUAAUAGCUACUGUUCAACUCACCAGACUGAUACAAGUUCACACAUAGCUUGUCCUAUAGAAACUGUGUCUGUUCCCCGAAUAGUGAGAUCAAAGGAUAAAUUCAUUAAUAGCCCUUGAAAUAAUCUAAUCACAAUUAAACCUGACAAAGGCCAAAUAGGUAAAGAAAAACAAUUUCUUAAGUUUGGGCUUCUCAACAUUAGAUCCCUUGCACCCUAUAAGCAUGAGCCCCGUCAGACAGGUCGUGGUGGUGGUGUCGCAACUAUCUAUAACAAUUCUCUUACUGUUACUCAGAAAACAAGACCCAGGUUUAACUCAUUUGAAGUGCUUAUCCUUAACGUUGCACUCACUGACAUACAUAAAAAAAAUCCCUAUUAUCUCUUGCUCUGGCCACCGUGUAUAUAACCCCGGGGCCCUACACUGAUUUUCUUAAAGAGUUUGCAUAUUUACUCUCAGAUCUUUCGAUCAGUUUUCACAAAGUGUUAAUUGUAGGAGACUUUAACAUUCAUGUAGACGAUGCUAAUGAUGCCUUAGGACUCGCAUUUAUAGAUUUACUAAAUUCCUUUGGGGUUAAACAAAACAUUAAUAGACCAACUCAUCAUUUUAAUCAUACACUAGACUUAGUUAUAUCACAUGGGACUGAUAGCCUACCUCAAAGCAAUGACAUCACAGACUAUCACCUUGUAGUGUACACUCUAACUGUAUUACUCCGACCACUAAAGACAGAUUUACAAGCAAUCUGCCGGAUCUGUCGCAACUUCUUACUAGACGCCUAAAUGCAGAUGAUUUAGAUUUAGUAACUAACAGCAUAGGCACUAUUUUCACCAGCACACUAAAAGUGUGCUUCCUGACAGUGGCUCAGGCACAGUCUCCCAGUUUAAAUGUAGACUAAAGACUUAUCUUUAUAGCCUGGCAUACAUUUAACACAUCCCAUAACCUUGUACUCCAGUACAUCUGAUUAAAUGCACAUUAUCAUCUAGUGCUGCUAAUAUUAUGAACAGCAGCUACGCUAAUUCUGUUCCAUUGUUUCCCUUCUUCUACCCAUCCUGAGGCAUACAGAGACUGUGCCGGCUCCAGUGGCAUCCGGAGAUGGACCAGCUUCAGCCGUGUUCUGCUUUUUGAGGAUUGGGGUAUUCAAAGCAACACAGCCAACCUUAUGUGGACGACAACAACCUCCUUAUUAAUUUACAUAACAUUCUACACAUGCUGUAUCUGCAUCACACAAUUGACUACACAUAAAUGCACAAUAUAAUCACACUCUCCGCUGUCACCCAAAUGAGGAUAGGUUCCCUUUUGAGUCUGGUUCCUCUCAAGGUUUUUCCUCAGAACCACCUAAGGGAGGUUUUCCUUGCCACAGUCGCCUCAGUCACCUCAGGCUCGCUCACUUGGGAUAACAUCUAGAUAUGCUAUGCUAUAACUGCUAUGCUACAACCUUGAGAGGAACCAGACUCAAAAGGGAACCCAUCCUCAUUCAGGUCUGGAGAAAGUGCAGGCCACUCCAUUUGAGGUACCCCAGCCUCCAGCAGCCGUUCCCUAAUGAUGCGACCUCGAUGAGCUGGAGCAUUGUCGUCCAUGAAGAUAAAUUUAGGCCUGUGUUGUUCAUGCAGGGGCACAAUGACUGGAUGAAUGAUGUUAUUCAGGUAGUAUUGGCUUGUCACUGUACCAUUCCCAAGAUGUAGGGCAGUUCUGUAUUGAGUGGACACACCUGCCCAGACUGUAACACCACCACAACAGUGGCUGAUGCAUAGCGCUCUCCUUGACAUCUCCAACAUCGUUGGCGGCCAUCAUUUCUGCUCAACAUGAAUCGACUUUCAUCAGAGAACAGCACUGAGGCCCACUGGUCCCUUGUCCAGCAUAAAUGCUCCCUGGCCCAUGCAAGACGAUGACGCCUGUGCCUGGUGGUGUGGUCAGGUACCGUUGCAGGUUUUGAAUGGUCUGAUGUGACACUUGGGUUCCUCUCACCUCCCUUAAAUGUCCCUGGAGUUGAGUGUCAUUCAUCAUCCGGGUCCACAGGGCACUGUUCACAAUGAAGCGGUCAUCAACGUGGGAUGUGGCCAAAGGAUGUCCACUUCUAUGACUUUCUGUGACUCUUCCAGUCUCUCUGUCGCAACCUGCUGAUGAUAGUCACUCUAAGUGACACUCUAAGCUCAGUGGCCACUUCCCUCUGAGAACAUCUUGUUUGAAGCCUCACAAUGGUGAGGUUCUGUUGAUCAAUUGUUAGGUGUGGUCUUGGUCUCAUGAUGUCAAAAUGUGAACAGCAUGAUGAAGAGGACUGUUUAAAUACCAAUUCUAAUUGAACCAGAAAAUGUAUUGGUCGAAUCAUGGAUCAAACACCAGUUGUGAAUUUUGCCGUUAAGCACCUUGUUAGAGAACAGCAAGUUCUGCAAAAAGUACUGAAACACUGAACAGUUGGAGAUGUGCAUUCAAAAGUGUAGAGAAGGUCAAAUUAAGCUCACCUGGAAAGGUUAUAGUGCAUUUUAGGUGCAUCCUGAAUUUUCACCUGAAAGCUGAAUAUACUUAACUUUUUGUGAGUUGAAAAUCAUUGCAUUUCAUUUAAUUUCAUUUCACUGCACAUGUUCGGCGCUAUGUGUCUUGUUUUUGUGUUGAUUUAUUUUGUACUUACUGUUUUUUCACUGCGUUGUCUUUGCUCUGUUUGCACCUAUUUGCACACUUUGCACUUUAUGUGGCUAGGACAAACGUCUGUCCUAGCUCUGUGUUGUUGUUGUUUCUGUGUUUGUAAUUAUAUGUUGUAUGUUUAUGUAGCACCAGGGUCCUGGAGAAACGUUGUCUCAUUUUACUUUGUACUGUGUCAGCUAUAUGUGGU